AUGCCUUCAUCCUCUUUCCUGGCUCUUCUUGGUUUUAUUGGGACGGCGUCUGCUCAGAACUACUGGUUCAGCUUCGGAGACUCGUACACCCAAACAGGCUUCGUCACCAACGAUACUCUACCCGCCCCAGGGAACCCUCUCGGAAAUCCGGUGUACCCAGGAUACACCGCAACCGGAGGCGCGAAUUGGCUCGACUUUGACACGACGACGUACAACAACAGUCUUGUGUUGACUUACAACUAUGCUUAUGGAGGCGCGACGAUCGACUCUAGCCUUGUCGCGCCCUUUGAACCGACGGUGCUGUCAGUCACGGACCAGGUCAACCAGUUCUUGGAUACCGCAGCGAGUAAGCCUGCUGAGACACCAUGGACAAGCGAGAAUUCGUUGUUCUCGAUCUGGAUCGGGAUAAAUGACCUUGGAAAUAGUUAUUACUUGUCUGAUAAUCGAACUUCAUUCGACACCACUCUCCUGAAUGCUGAAUUUGCAUUGGUGCAGAAACUUUGCGUCUGUUCAAUCGACGUCGGCGCCAGGAACUUUCUCUUCCUAAACGUCCCACCUACUGAUCGUUCUCCAUUGAUGCUUUCCCAAGAUGCUCAAGCGCAGGCAAUGCUCAAGGCUAACAUUUUGGAUUUCAAUGCCCAACUGAUUGAAUUUGCCGACGAUUUCAAAACUAGCAACGCCGGUGUCACAACCUUCUUGUGGGAUGCUAACGCAGCUUUCACAACUAUCCUCGACGACCCCACAGCAUAUGGCUUCAUCGAUGCCGUUUCGUAUGGAACUGACACGGGAUAUUUCUGGAUGUGA